UAUCGUUGACACGUCGAGCGGAAAGAGUGCGGCGCGCAAGAAAGAGAUCGAGGGAAAGAAAAAUAAAGAGAGAGAGAGAGAGAGAGAGAGAGAGAGAGAAAGAGAGAGACGAUCGCGCGAUCUCGCGCUCGCUCAUCAAUCGACACUCCGUGUAGGUAAUUAUCGUGUGCGAAUAAAUUAAUCUUCAGUUUCGAUUACGGUGUUCGUCCGGUGGAGAACUUCCGGUCCACGAAAGUUUUGAAGCGGCCUCGUGAAACGCGGGUAAUUAGUGGCGCGGUUCACUCCUCGUUCUCGUAUACUUUCGAUAAUCGAUUAUCGGUGAUCGAUCAAUACGACGAUAGAUCAUCCGAAGGAUCGUCCGCGUGGUGAACGUUGAACCGCGAGUGAUUUUUUGGUGAAAUUGUCUCGUGUGCCUAUCCCGAGGGAGCAGCUACGAGGGACGAUGCUGGCAUUCCUGUUCGCCGCGGCGCUCGCCGUCGCGAAGAUCCACGCUAGUCAGGUGACCAUGGACGCCAAGAUACGUGAUGACUCCGACUUGUCCCAGUUUUACCAGCUCCUGGAAGCUAGUCAAGUGGCCAAUACUACCCUCACGUACCGUCACGUGACCGUGUUUGCGCCCACUAACCGAGCGUUCCAGAAAUACAAUGGGAGCACGAAGAAUUUGGUUUUGUAUCAUAUGUCGAACCGGCCUUUGACAAUCGAGGAGCUGAGGGAUUCGAUAUCUUCCGAGUUGGAGGGCAACCCACCCCUUUGGAUCACCAGGAGACCAGGCAGAUACGGCGUGGACGUUUACAUUAACAACGCAAUGAUCCUCUUGGAGCAGAGCAAUUUCCAGUCUAAAUUGAAAGUUAACGGCGACACCAUGACUCAGGUCUUGCACAUCAUAAACGAAGUGCUGGAGCCUGUGCGAUCCAACUCGAUGGAAUCACCAGUCUACAACCCAAACGCUUUCCAAUUUCUGAACCAGAGCGAGAAUCUCAAUUUGGGCGACCAUCGCGUACGUACCUUCCGACAGCAGAUCGUCAUCGAGAAGAAGGAAUCUAUCUACAAGGCUGAAGGUCGUUUUACUUUCUUCAUUCCCGUUGACGAGGGUUUCAAGCCGGUGCCGAGGCCACGAUUGAUCGAUAGGCUGGUGAUCGACGGGCACGUGAUACCCUACGAGGUCCUCUUCACCGCACCGACGCCAGACAAUGUGCAGUAUCCAACCCUCGUAUUCUCCGACAAUCUGAAAGUCGUCAUCAGCUUUUCAAAGUCGCAAAAUAAAGUCUACGUUCAAUCGAACACACUGGUAGGCGAUGCGACUCACACGGACGGAGUGGUGCUGGCGGAAAUAGUGAAGGGGAACAUUCCGGUGCGCAACGGCGUCGUUCAUCUGAUAGCACGACCGCUCAUGGUCGUCGACAACACCGUGCGGGGUUUCCUAGAGUCCUUCAAGGGCAUCGAAAAGGAGGACGGACCGGUGUACAAGUUUUACGAGACCAUCCGCGAUUUCGGGGACGACAUUAUGACAACCAUCAGUCAUCUGCAUGACGUUACCCUCUUCGCGCCCAGCAACGAGGCGCUGAACGAGCCGAACGUGAAGCAAAUGCUGCAGGACAAGAACCGCAUGAAGGAAAUCCUCAAACUCCACUACGUCAAGGAGCGACUAACCCUCGACAAGAUCAAGGAUAAGAGCGUCAGCCAAAAAGCAAGAGACUUCGUCGGGAAGUCACAAGUCGGGGUGGCGACCGCCGCUGAGAAGAAGAAGCUCUACUUCAACGUGGUGCAGGGACCGAUGGAGAACCAGACCGUCACUGUGGAAGGCGGUGGCGUGAACGCCACCAUCAUCACCGCCAACAUCGCCGCCACCAACGGGAUUAUCCACAUAAUCGACAGGCUUCUCGGGGUACCCUACACCACCGUCCUCGACAAACUCAGGACUGAUCCGAUGCUCAACUCGACCUAUUUGCUGGGUCAGCGACGUGGAUUCAAUGAUCAGUUGAACGAUACGAAGAAGCGAUUCACGUACUUCGCCCCGUACGAUUACGCCUGGAAAGACGCAGCGAAUAACUAUCCAUCAACUACUAAGAAGCUCUUCAUGCCCGAGUUCAGUUAUCACACGAAGCAGAUAUUGGAGCGACAUCUCAUAAUAGCGGAUCAGGCGUACACGAUGGCGAAGCUGAAAGAGAUGAGCAACGACACCCUCAACCUCCCAGCGGCCAGGGACAAUUUAAAGCUUCGUAUCAAGGAGCACAGCGAAAAUGAGAGGUACGACGAAAACGCAAUCCGUCCAGAAACAUCCGGCUACCAAGUGGAGUGGGAGGGCAAGAAGAUCCGCGUCAUCCGUCCGGACGUCGAGUGCACCAACGGCAUCAUCCACGUGAUCGGCUCUGUGUUCCUCAAGGAUAGCGACGUCCGGGUGACGGGCGGCGCGUCGCUGGCCACCCUUGCGCCCCACCUGAUCAUGAUACUGAUAGCCAAGUGGCACCUGUAAAAGUCCUCAUCGCGUCGCAUCGUCUCGUAUCUGCGGCAGGUGCGUCUAUAGGAAUUUCUCCUUGGGGGCCGUCUCCUAUCGUCCUCGAGCGGCGGCGACAACGACGACGCAACGCGGGUAGGCACGGUCGAUCGGACUCUCCGAAAGGACAUUUAUUGUGCGCGGGGAAAUGAAGGGGGAAGGGGAGGAGGGCGGGGAAAACUUGAAGAAUCCGAAGGGAAUCCGGGUGGUGACCGGGAAUCCGCGAGAUCAGAGAUCCAUGGGACUUAAACGAUCCGAGGAUCGACGGGGAUUCGCGGGAUCCGGAGGAUCCCAAGGAUUCGUUCGCGUACGUAAGCUCUAACAAGAUCGCCAAUCUGCAGAUGUGAA